AUGCGAUGGCUGGGAAUCCUCACAGGGAUUUGCAUAUCCCUUGCGAUGGCCACCGAAAUUCCCACUCAAAACCCAACAAAUGAUUAUGAAAUGCAUCUCAAAAUACUGCUACAAAAAAUCCUCUGGACUGCGAAUGUUAAGAAAUGCUUUGGCGUUAUCACGGAUGAUCUGCAUUAUCCCAUAUAUGAUCGGGUAUUUUUCGAAUCGGUGGGUCGUCAAGUGGUUCCCUUCUUUGUGAUGCGCGUUAAUGCCAGUGAGGAUCUCCAAAGGCCUCCUAAGAAUAUAGAGAUCUUCUUAAACGCCAUUAAAUCCAGUGAUUGUGAACUAAAUAUAGUCACCAUAUUGAAUGGCUGGCAGGUUCAGCGAUUUCUUAGAUUUAUCUACGACAACCGAUCGUUGAAUAUGCAGAAAAAGUUUGUUUUUCUACACGAUUCACGACUUUUUGAAAGGGAUAUGAUUCACCUGUGGAGCGUUUUUGUGGGCACUAUUUUUCUCAAAAGACAGUUGGAUGAAAAAUUUACCAUUUCCACAAUUGCUUUUCCCGGCAUUCUAAGUGGCGUUUUGGUUUUAAAGAAUAUUGCUCAUUGGGAAUUGGGCAAAAGUGUCAAUGGAAAGGUUUUAUUUGCAGAGAAGACAAGUGAUUUAUUCGGAGCCUCGAUGCCCGUUGCCGUUUCCGAGCACGUGCCCAUGGCAAUGUGGGUAAAUACGACACACAGCUUCCAAGGAGUCGAAGUGGAGAUUAUGAGUGCUUUGGGCAAGGCGCUGAACUUCAAACCCGUUUACUACAAACCCAACCGAAGUGAAAAUGCGGAAAAUAUGGAUUGGGAGCUGGAGAAUGGGUAUGGAAAUCCAGAUGGAUACGGACAGAACGAGUCGCACAUCGACUCGAUGCUGAUAGAGGAGGUGGCUGGCCACAGUGCCCGGUUUGCCAUUGGGGACCUGCACCAGUUUCAGGUGUAUCUGCAAUUAGUGGAGCUUAGUUCGCCCCACAAUUUCGAGUGCCUGACCUUUCUCACCCCGGAAUCCUCGACGGACAUGUCCUGGCAAACAUUUAUCCUGCCCUUCAGCGGCGGCAUGUGGGCGGGCAUUCUACUCUCCCUUUUUGUGGUUGGCACUGUUUUUUAUGGCAUUAGUUUUCUAAACGCCAUCAUAAACAGCAACGUAUCCUCGGGAUUCUUUCGCUGCCUUCGUCGAAAUCGCGCAGUUGCCAUGGAUCCAAAUAUAUAUCGUCGAAUUAGUUUUCGCAUCGCCAUUAGUCGAUAUCGUAUUUCCAAGGAAUCCAGAAGACCUCGGGAUCUUUUCGAUGAUUAUACUAACUGCAUUCUGCUUACUUAUAGUAUGCUUUUAUAUGUGGCUCUACCUCGAAUGCCCAGAAAUUGGCCAUUGAGGGUUUUAACUGGUUGGUAUUGGAUUUACUGCAUUCUAUUGGUGGCCACAUAUCGGGCCAGCUUCACUGCCAUUUUGGCCAACCCAGCAGCCAGGGUUACCAUUGACACACUGGAGGACUUACUGGCAUCACAUAUACCACCUUCUGCAGGAGCUACCGAAAACAAACAAUUUUUCCUGGAUGCCAGCGAUGAAGUUGCUCGAAAAGUCGGCGAUAAGAUGGAAAUAAUCGAACAAAGCGAAGAUCUAACUUCUCGAAUAGCUAAAGGCCAGUGCGCCUACUACGACAACGAGUUUUAUCUGCGGUAUUUGCGAGUUGCGGAUGAAUCUGGAUCCGGAAUAGGAUCAGCUUUACAUAUCAUGAAGGAGUGCGUUGUCUAUAUGCCCGUUGUGCUGGCAAUGGAAAAGAACUCGCCGCUAAAACCACGGGUUGAUAACUCCAUUCAACAUCUUACAGAGGGCGGUUUGAUUAACAAGUGGCUAAAGGACGCCAUUCAACAUCUGCCUGCAGAGGCUCCUGCUCAACAGGAGGCUCUCAUGAAUAUUCAGAAGUUCUGGAGUUCUUUUGUGGCUUUGGGAUUUGGUUAUGUGAUCUCUAUUUUAGUUCUUUUGGCAGAACGCUGGCAUUUUAAGCAUAUUAUCAUGAAACAUCCUAUGUACGAUGUAUACAAUCCGAGCUUGUAUUAUAAUUUUAGGAGGAUUUACCCUGAACAAUAA